AUAGCGGUCCGCAACCAGCUGUCGAGUGCAACACUGAGCCCAAGCCUAGAUUGAGCGCCAUUUCGUCAUUAUCAACUUGUUGGAUCUCGCGCCAAGUUAAGCUUUCCUAGGAGCCUGCUCAUCAGAACAUUCAAUUCAAACGCAAUUAUCACAACCUACAAAUUGUUUAUAGUUGAGGAUGCGGCUUAUCAAUGUCCACACUCUCAGUAUCACUGAGUUUUAUAGCAACCGGCCUCCACGAUAUGCCAUUCUAUCUCAUACCUGGGAUGAAGAAGAGGUGACAAUUCAAGAUAUGAAAGAAGGCAAAGCACCGUCGCUUAAAGGUUACCGCAAAAUCAUAGCGUGUUGUGACCAAGCUCGUUUUGAUGGGAUUCCAUACGUGUGGAUCGACACUUGCUGUAUCGACAAGACAAGCUCUUCAGAACUUUCUGAAGCUAUAAACUCUAUGUACCGAUGGUAUGAAAAUGCGACAGUCUGCUAUGCCUACCUUGCAGACGUCGAGGACACGCAAGAUGAGGGGAUGGAAAGCUUCAAACACAGUCGCUACUGGGGUCGUGGAUGGACACUACAGGAAUUGAUUGCUCCCAGGAUCCUGGUAUUCUUCUCCUCCGGAUGGAUCAGAAUUGGUAAUCGGCUCGAGUUAAGGCAGGUAGUUGCUCAAGCUACCUCUAUACCAAAGGGGGUGCUUAAAUUUCGUAAUAUCAGUGACUAUAGCGUCAGUCAAAAGAUGUCUUGGGCUUCGCGGAGGCGCACGACCAGGAUAGAAGAUGAAGCCUAUUGUUUGCUUGGUUUAUUUGGCGUGUCCAUGCCUCUACUCUACGGCGAAGGUAGACGAGCAUUCCGCCGUCUCCAAGAAGAGAUAAUAAAAGAACUCGACGAUGAAUCGAUAUUCGCCUGGCAAGGAGGAGCUGAUCACGGAUUACUGGCUUCAUGUCCUGCUCAAUUCGCCUUUUCGCAUUCGAUUCACAGGAGUAUCGAACGUCCCAUCACUGAGGAUGCUGAUGGUCUACCGUUCGCAAUCACCAACAAGGGUGUUCGCAUUUCUCUACCGGUUCUAGAAGAUUGUUACUCCGUUCCCCUCUACUCUUUAGUACACGAGUCCUCUAUGCAAUAUCUGAUCCCCGAUCCUCCCCACCUACAGCGGAAAGUACAACGGAGGGUCCUCGCUAUUCUUAAUUGCCAGCAAGGUGCCGAUGCGAGCUCACGCAUAGCCGUCAUCUUAAACCACGACGUCUCCCGAGACACAUAUACGCGCGAUGUCAAUAUCAGGCUCGUGAAAGUGUCUAUUGAGGAUAUAGUUGCGCGAGCCACAUCAAAGCAGGUUUUAGUAGCCGCAGGCGAAAACCCCUGGGAUGGCAUCACCUUGAUGGAAGAAGAUCCCGAAAGACUCAUCGUGGUUCAGGGGUUAUCUGGAGCACUGAGCCACUUCAAGUUCAUGAAUACAACUCUGGUCAACGGUAUAGCAGUUGGAUGCGAUUUACAAGAGAACGGAACCAUAUCUAUACGCUUUCGCCAACGGAGACCCCUUGUUGCUAUAUAUCGCAGCGAACUCUUCCCAGCCCACUAUCUUGUCCUCUACCUCAGAUCGUCGGACGAUGGAACAGAAGAUGGAAUCGGAAUUUAUGCCGCAAUCACUCAAGUAUUUGGCGAAGAUACUAGCACAGAAGACAUACUUGGACAGACAGCUCAGUUCGGCCAGGACUUUCUGUCAUCAAAAUCAGCAGAGGGUAUAGUGUAUGAGACUACUCAUGGAACCUAUACCUUGUCUCUAAACAUUCGGGAGGCUGAACAUGCAUCCGUCCUCACAGUUGAUGCGCUGCCACGACCACAGUGAAAUCUGGAACAACAAAGCAUCACUAUUUGUCAGUAUAAGGGUUUCGCGACCUAUUCAUGUCAGGAAUUAUUAUUGAACAAGACAUAAACAUCCGCGCGCUAGAUUAGGGUUUACAGAUACCUGCAU